AUGCUGAAGCCCGAGAUCAACACUGCCGCGGCCCGUUUCCGCUACCUGGAAUGGUUGGUAUUGGCUGAGUGGAAGGACAAUGACGAUGCGUCAAUGAUCCUAGACCCGAAUGAAGAUGCUAUCUUGGUCACCGAUGACAAACAUUCGAGACCUUUCUACCUUAUCGGAAACCUUCCUCUUCUUGAAUGGAUUGCAGUUUCUUACAUCAAGAUGAACUCAGUCGAUCUACCAGAACUAAAGCUGAUACUCAACGUCGCUCUGUGGACACAAGUAACGAACAAACUACUAUCACAUGGUGAGGGGAUGUCUGUGCAUUCAGAUACCAUCACACCAUGUGCUACUAUCGAGAGUCCGGAAGUUCCACCCGUCCGAGAAAUAAGGGAAACGGCAUUUUCCAACCUGAUGACUCACAUCAUGGGCUUUCACCGCUCACUCUAUGAGCCUACCCGUCCUAGAGGCGUCAUCGAUGUCAACCUGGCUGAACAAAGCACACUGCUGCAACUAUUGUCCAGGAGGACAUGGCUUGAUAACUUGGAGCCUCUGCCUACUGUCGAGAAGUACCGAUCAGGACUGUAUGCCUACAUCUCAUGCUCGAGCGGACCGCUCGUUUACAUGUACCCUGGUCCUGCGAGCGAGGACAGCUCCUCACUUACAAAGAGUGACGUGGGUGUAAAGGAUGACGAGCUCGGAGGUGUAGAGCUGAAGUGCGAACCCUCACAGAAGCAAUGUGGAAAGAACAUCACCUUAUACGAAGCUUGUUCAGUACCAAGGAACUUGAAAGCGUCAAAGGCUUAUGCCACCAAGGGUGACAAAAACCUUUCGGAGUGUGUUGGCAAAGCUCUACGAGGGGAGGAACAACCAAAAUUCGGGGCUGGUUCCCAUUGGGUUUCGCCUGCGAGACCAACAACCAGGACUAUCUCCUUGGCAAGCCCGACGCCAUCCGAAUCACUAUCUUCACUGUUAUUGCAAAUCCACGAUGGAUCGAACAAAGGACUCUACCAGCGUCGCUCUGCCGACACAGACAAGUCUGGAUACUACAGUGCCCAAGUCGGAAUAUUGAAGCAGGAUAUGGUGACGCUGACAAUUCUGCGAUUCAUACGCAACGCACUUGGGACCUUCGUCUAUAUGAAGAAAGAGAUCCCCGCAGAGGAUGACUGGGCAUCGAUUCGAACCAUGACAAUAGCAAAGGGCCGGAUCAUGAACAUGGUCAUUGAAGCGGUAUUCCGAGACUUUGAGAUGGUUUGCGCGCCAGUCAGCGCGCCAGCACGCAAGAUCUUCUAUGAAACUCCCCAAUGCAUCAGCCAAACCUUGUUGACCAAUGGUUUAACACUCCAUCACGCAGGACGCACGUAUUCCUAG